CCACAAUAUAUAUAUAUUCCACUCUCAUCUUCGUCUCCAUCACCAUCAUCUUCUUCUUCUUCGGCUUCCUCUGCUAAAAACAAUUCAAGAAAUAGUUGGAAAAAUGGAAAUGAUAGCCUCCUAGGUUUUUCAUUUUCUCUCGCACAUUCUCUGUCUCCUGCUCUUCCUUGCUUCCUUUCAUCAGGUUGAAAAAAGGGGUGAAGAUUUUAUAGCUACUGUUGAUGGGUGCUCCCAAGCAGAAGUGGACAGCUGAAGAAGAGGCAGCCCUUAAAGCUGGAGUACUUAAGCAUGGGACUGGCAAAUGGCGUACAAUACUCAUGGAUCCUGACUUUAGUGCCGUCUUGCGUUUGCGUUCCAAUGUUGAUCUCAAGGAUAAAUGGAGAAAUAUAAAUGUGACUGCUAUAUGGGGGUCCAGGCAGAAGGCAAAGCUUGCGCUUAAAAGGAGUCCACUGACACCAAAACGUGAGGAGAAUGGGAAGGCUCUUAGUGUCGUGGUUCAGAGUAAUGAAGAGGUUGUUGAUGCUAAGCCUCUUGCAAUGGCUAGUGGGACACCGAGGAAUGGUGGUCCGAAAGACCUGCUUGCGAGGUUGGAUAAUCUAAUAUUAGAGGCUAUUACCACUUUGAAGGAGCCAAGUGGUUCUGAUAGGGCUUCAAUUGCUUUGUACAUACAGGAGAAAUACUGGGCGCCCAUGAACCUCAGAAAGCUAUUAGGAGGAAAACUAAAGCAUUUGACUGCAAAUGGAAAAUUGAUUAAGGUCAAGCACAAGUACAUGAUUGCAUCUAGUUCAACAGUUUCUGAAGGGAGAAGAAACCAUCCCCUCCCCGAGGGGAAGCAGAAGGAAAUGUUAAAAUUGGAGAAGAGUAAGAACAAAAUCCUGACUAAAGCUCAGGUUGAUCAAGACCUAUUAAAGAUUAGGGGCAUGACUGCCUUUGAGGCUGCUGCAGCCGCUGCAGCUGCUGUUGCAGAGGCAGAAACUGCAAUUGCAGAGGCUGAAGCAGCAGCAAGGGAAGCUGAGAAAGCAGAGGCUGAGGCAGAAGCAGCACAAGUUUUUGCCAAAGCAGCAAUUAAGGCAUUUAAGCACCGAGCAUGUCAUCCCUGUAUCAUAACAAUCUUCCUGUCUACGUAUGUUUUCUUCCCUUUCCUUUUUUUUUUUUCCUUCGAUUUCGGUGGGCAAGCUGGAAAUAGCUUAAUAAAUUCUGAUCGCCCUCUGAUCUUCUUGAUAUCCUCUUAAACCUGUGCAGAUGACAUGUUUUGCAGAUGGAAGUCUACAUCCUUGGGCACGAAACAUGCAUUGGACUUGACAUCAUGUUGAUGCAGCUGUAUCAACUGCCAUUUUGUCUAUAUAACUGUAAAUGUGGUUAGCUUGUAUAUCGGGAGAUGCAAUAUUAUUCCAUGAAAUCAUAUUCCCCUUACAGAGGGAUCACUUCGUCAGUAGAGUAUAGGUUUUUGACAUCAAAGUUUACAAUGUGGUAAAAGAGUAGACACUGCUGAAAGAAUCAGGAAUAGGAAGGUGGAUUGCUAAGCAAGAUGAAACAUCUUCAUAUCCUUUUGAUGGUUAAUUAAUCCAAUGAAAGAGUGAAUGUAUGUUGCUGAGCUCGAA